UCAGACCAUCACUUUGACGCCUCAGAAAACCAGCUGCUCUGCUUUCUCUUUCUCUUUUUAUUUGUAGAUGACUCCUCUCUUUCAAUCUCUCAUUCUUUGACUCUGAUCCAGAAACCCACUUGACCAAUUUUCUUCCACACGCAAUGCAAACUCAAACUCGAACCCGAAGAAGAUACUGCAAUUAACAAUUCUCGGAGAGAUUCUUUUCCUUCGACGAAAAGCAUCGAUUUUUUUCUCGAUCUUUAGGGUUUAUAAUUUUUCAUUUGUCGCGGAAUUUCAAUUAUUCCCAACUGGGAUUCGAGCUCUAUGGAAUCAACAAAUGUGAUGUUUUCUGGGUUUAGUCCGAGAAUGUUGAGCUUGGAAAUGCCGCAGAAUCCACAGAAUCCCCAAAACCCAGUGCAAUUCCAGCAUCCGCAUCCUUACGCCGCCACCGGAAAUCCAACCACCGGCGAUCAGCAGACUCAGCCGCUGAUUAAACCCUUGUACCCAUACGCCUCAAAACCCAAACAAUUGUCACCGGCAAGCGUAGGCGACGACGAGGACCGCGGGUCGGGUUCCGGGUCCGGGUGUCACCCAGAAGACAGCGCGGGAACCGACGGGAAGAGGAAAAUCUCGCAGUGGCAUAGGAUGAAGUGGACGGACACGAUGGUUCGGCUUCUGAUCAUGGCAGUCUUCUACAUCGGCGACGAAGCUGGGCUAAGCGAUCAAAUCGACGCCAAGAAAAAGAUCGCCGGAGGAGGAGGAGGGAUGUUGCAGCAGAAGAAAGGCAAGUGGAAAUCGGUGUCGAGAGCAAUGGUUGAGAAAGGUUUCUCCGUGUCGCCGCAACAGUGCGAGGAUAAAUUCAAUGACUUGAACAAGAGGUACAAGAGGGUCAACGACAUACUUGGGAAAGGCACCGCGUGUCGCGUCGUGGAGAAUCAGGGAUUGCUCGACGCCAUGGAUCAUCUGACUCCGAAACUUAAAGACGAGGUCAAGAAAUUGCUCAAUUCUAAACAUCUCUUCUUCAGAGAGAUGUGCGCUUAUCACAAUAGCUGCGGCCAUCUCGGUGGUCACGACCAACCGCAACCGAAUCAGGCUCCGAUUCAGGGACGUCCCGAGCAGCAGAGCUGUUUUCACGCGGCGGAAUCAGGGAAAAUGGCGAGAAUCGCGGAGAGCGAGGAAGAGGAAGAGUCGGAUAUGGCGGAGGAUUCGGAGUCGGAGAUGGAGGAUACGGAGGAGGAGGAGGAAGAGACGAGGAAGAAGCGGAGGAAAGGGGAAGGAGUAUCGCCGGCGGUGAAGCGGAUGAGGGAGGAGGCGACGCGUGUGUUGGAGGACGCGGGGAAGAGCGCUUUGGAGAAGAAGGAGUGGAUGAGGACAAAGACGUUGGAGCUUGAAGAGAGGAAGGUUGGUUACGAGUGGGAGGCGGUGGAGAUGGAGAAGCAGAGAGUGAAGUGGCUGAGGUAUCGGAGCAAGAAGGAGAGAGAAAUGGAGAAGGCUAAUCUUGAGAACCAGCGACGGAGGCUAGAGACGGAGAGGAUGGUUCUCAUUCUCCGCCGGAGGGAGAUUGAAUUGGCCGAGUUACAGUCUUCGUGUAAACCGGGUUGACCCGAAUUCCGCCAUCGGGUUAUGUAAUUAGUGUUAGGAUUUUGGUGUCUUGGAUUCGUUUUGUUAGUUUAUAGUAACUUUCUUCUAGUUUCAAAUGUGGAAGAUGCUAGGAUUCUCUCGUUUUCAACAUAAUCAGCAAAUUAAAAUCUAUAAAGUACUGUAUAGGC